GCUCUUCCUGUCGUCCUUUUGAAUGAAAGCGGAAAAAAAGAGGGAGGAAAAUGCCACUUGAAUAUGAUGAAUCAGAACUCUGUCAAAUCACCCGGCUCAAGAAAGAACUCGAGGCUGCUUUGGGUAGAAAUGGUUCCCUGGAGAAAGAGAACCAGGAACUGAAACAGGAGGUAGCUCGUCUUAAAGCACAAAUCAGUUCCCUCAAGGCUCAUGACAAUGAGAGAAAAUCUAUGCUCUGGAAGAAGUUGCAUAACUCCAUCGACAAUUCUAAUGCAGACGCAUCAGAUUUCCUGAAAGUUCCGGAACUGGGUCUUGAAGCAGAAAAUGUAUAUCCAAGGCCAAGUUUCCAGGAAUUAGCUGUGAGAAAAGAAAGGCAAUCAAAAGUACCAAAGCCACCGCCACGGUCUAAUUCUUUUAUCUCCCCUUCUCCAAAGGAAGUGAGUGAGAACAAAGUUAAGGCGCCAUCAGUACCAGCACCACCACCGCCACCAUUGCCAUCGAAGCUUUUAGCUUGCUCUAGAUCAGUGCGCCGUGUACCAGAAGUUGUGGAGCUUUAUCGUUCACUUACAAGGAAAGAUACCAACAUGGAAAACAAGACCAAUGCUGCAGCAACUCCGGUGCUGGCAUUUACUAGGAACAUGAUAGGGGAAAUUGAGAACCGCUCAACAUAUGUUUCAGCUGUAAGUACAAUAAAAUCCGACGUAGAAAAACAGAAGGAGUUUAUAAAUUUCUUAAUCUCAGAGGUGCAAUCUGCAGCCUUCAAAGAUAUAUCAGAUGUAGAGGUAUUUGUGAAAUGGUUAGAUCAGGAGCUAUCUUCCUUGGUUGAUGAAAGGGCAGUUUUGAAGCAUUUCCCACAAUGGCCAGAACGAAAAGCAGAUGCUCUGAGGGAGGCUGCUUUUAGCUACCGAGACCUAAAGAACCUUGAAGCUGAAGUCUCAUCGUUUGAGGUCAAUCCCAGAGAGUCUUUUAAUUCAGAGCUUCGAAGGAUGCAAGCAUUGCAAGACAGGUUGGAGCAGAGUGUAAACAAUACAGAAAGGAUUAGGGAAAACACCAGCAAGAGAUACAGAGAUUUCCAGAUCCCGUGGGAAUGGAUGUUGGAUACAGGACUGAUUGGUCAGUUGAAAUUCAGCUCAUUGCGGCUAGCCAGGGAGUACAUGAAAAGAACAGCCAAAGAGCUGCAAUCGAACGAAUCCUCACAAGGAAACACUCUCCUGCUUCUAGGAGUUCGAUUUGCGUACAGAGUUCACCAGUUUGCAGGUGGUUUUGAUGCAGAGACCGUUCGAGCAUUCGAAGAUUUAAAGAAGAUCAGCAGCAGCAUGGCGAAUCAUAAACAAUAACUGUUCACCGGUUUGCUAAAAGGCUACGUUUUGUUUAGGAAAAAUAUUGCUACU